AUGCCUCCAAAAACGUUAAAAUCAAAGACGAUUGUAAAAGAAAAACCACAAGAAGUUGUAGAGCCGGUACCGGAUAAGAAUAAUGAUCGAAUAGUAUUAAAUGUUGGUGGAAAAAAGUAUGAAACAUUCCGUAAAACUCUACUCCAAUACCCGGAUACUCUCCUCGGCACUAUAUUCCAAGACGGUAACAAAGACCAACUACCCCCCGUUACCAAUGGCAACGAAUACUUUCUCGAUCGAGACGGCUACGCUUUCCGCUACAUCAUUCAAUUCUAUCGCCUAGGCAAAAUCCUCUUUCCCACCGAGGAGAACCGCAUCUCCCGUGAGGCAUUACAAGCCGAAAUCGAUUACUUUAUGCUACCAGUCGGCAUAGACGAUUUAGCCUUAUCCAAGGCUGGCAAAAAGGCCAUCUCCAAAGUCGAUGAAUUCAUCCAUGCGCUCGAACGCAUAUUCUACGAACUCGUCGAACAUUUCGAGGGAUCCGUGAAAUUGGUCUUUUCAGAACCAGACGAAUUGGAAAUAGAGGGCGUGCAGAAACAUCUCGUGGCGAAAUUGAAGGAUAUACUGAAUCCGUUUCAGAGUUAUGCCAUGUUCAUUCUCGCCCGGUGUGGAAAGGAAGUCGGUGUUUAUUUAAGAGAGAACGUGCCAGAGUUGAGUUGGCAGAUGGAGUUUAAGCAGGACAAGACUCAGAGCAAGCAGGUUUAUGAAAUACAUAUGGACGUGCAGAGGAAUCUGUUGGAUGGUGCUAUAUUUAAGCAUUCGUUACUCGGAAAGGCCACGGCAGUCGCACAGUGA